AGGACGACGUGGAGCUGGACGUGCCGCUCAAGAGCAUCAAGCGGGAGCUGCGGCCCGAGCUCACCGUGUCGCUGGAGCGGCACUACUUCGGGCAGACGGCCGCGCCGCCGCCGCCGCGCGCCGUCGCCAUAGCCGUGCAGUGCCCGCUGUGCGAGGAGGUGUUCCACCAGAGCCUGGAGCUGUCGCUGCACGUGGCGGCGCACGUGUUCAGCGGCGAGGGGGAGGGGGCGGGACUCGCGGCGCCCAUGUGCCGCUACUGCUACCAGCGGUUCGAGUCGAGCGAGCAGCUGGCGUCACAUCUCAGCCUGCAGCACCCGCUCGACACCAAGUCGCCGGAGCUCUUCACGUACGCCUGUCUCAUCUGCGAGGUGCGGUUCGCGGCCGUGCUGACCCUGGGCACGCACAUGCAGCGCGCGCACACGCCGCGCGAGCUGCCGUACGCGUGCCCCGCGUGUCCGUACCGCGCGUCCGCCCACCGCGCCGCCGUCGACCACGUGCACGCCGCACAUCCCGCCACUGCAGCGCUCUUCUGCGCGCUCUGUCUCAAGACGGUGCCGGUGUACAGCGCGGGGCGCGAGGUCCGCUCCAACGCGCUGGUGUUCGCGCAGCACGCUCGGCUGCACCGCUCGGCGCUGGAGAUGCGAUGUCCGCGCUGCGUGCUCAAGUUCGUCCACCUCGGCCAGCUGAAGGAGCACCAGAUCCGCGACCACAACUCCAUGGACGAUGUGCUGCCGCUGUGCGCCGAGGAGCACCUGAUCACGCGGCCUAAGAACAAAGCUCGGCCGCCCGUGAAGGACUCUGCGUGCCACAGCCUGGGCGAGACGUUCGAGCGUGUCACGCUGCGGCUGCGGGACGCGCUGCUGUGCCGCGAGUGCGACGAGCCGCUCGACGCCGACCGCCACUUCCUCGGCGUGACGCGGUGCAGCAAGUGCCCGUUCGUGACGAGCUGCUACCGCGGCAUGCUGCAGCACAGCGGCUACUGCGCCGGCCCGCACUCGCUCGAGGACGCGCCCCGCCGCGCGCCCGCGCCGCUGUACUGCGUGUGCGGCUACUGCAGCGACAUCGGGACCGAUAUGCUCACGCAUUUGCUGCUCACUCACCACACGACCGCCUACGCAUCAGAGGAGGACGCGCAGGCUAACAUCGUGACGGAAACCUCACCGCCAAGCAAGCCGGAGGAGCCCGUCGCGGGCCCGGAGACCAAGGACCAAGGCGCUGAGCACCACGAGGAGCGGGAGGGCGCCAGCCUGGAGAGCGCGCCCGACACGAACGGGGCCGGCGGGGUUCCCGAGUACGCGCCGCCGUCCGUCAUCAGCACGCAGCUGUCCCUGGACGACCUGGCGCCGCCGUCCGUGUUGCAGCAGGACCAGCAUGAUCAAGAGUUAUUAAAGGAAGCAUAUGACGAACCACUGGCAACACCCCGUCAUGAAGAGCAGCACUACAGUCUUGGAGACUUCGAACCACUGCCACAGGAGCCCCCACCUCAACCCGACUUUGAACAACUUUAGAUUAUCCAGAGAUACUACAGUUAAAUAUUGUGACACCAGAACUUAUCCAAUCGAUUUACAUUUCUUAUAAGAUAUUUUAAUAAAAUCAAUAAAAAUAUGUCAAGUGCUAA